UAGGGCUGUAAAAGCUGAGACAGUGGCAGACCUUACAGGAGGCAUACCGUGCGCAGCUGGGAAGAUGGCUCUGUCUUCGGCAUUAUGGUUACUUCUCUUGGGUUUCCAAGCCCAGGGAGCUCACACAUGGUGUUCGGAAAAGGAUAAACUCUACAUUGAUAAGCCAGUCAGUGACCCUGACGUAGUGAAGUUUGCUGUGAGUGCAUUCAACAGUCAGAACAAGGACGAGUAUGCCUACAGAACGAUUCACAUCAUGGGUUUCUCAAAGGUACAGGAAAAGCUACCAGCAACUUUCCUCGUGAAGCUGAGGCUGAGAAGGACCAUCUGUAAGACAUUUGAGGAUAGCCUGGACACCUGCCCCUUUCAGGAUGACCCUGAACUGGAAAAAACCUUCAUCUGCUCCUUCACCAUCAGCACCCCACGCUCAAAACAGUUCAACAUGUUGAAAAAUACUUGUUCUACGGGGCUUCCCUGACUGGGACCCACAGCACUGGUCCACGCCUGCUCCUUUUUCUGAAGAUGCCUGAUGUUCCUAGGAAGCAGCAAAUACAGGCUUAAGAAGCUCUAUGCUUUUUGCAAGUGCCUGGGAUUUUAUGUGUUUAUUUCACGUCUCGUCUCUUUAUUUUCUGGCUCCUACAUUUUUUUUCUGUUCCUUCUUCCACAAUGUUCUCUGAAUUUUAGAGAUUCCUUUCUAAAAAUUAUUAUUAUUAAUGUGUAUUUGUGUGUAGUAUGUGUAUGUUCAUGUGCCUAAGAAGGUCAGAGGUGUCCCCUGGAGGUGAGGAUACAGAAGACACAAUCAUUCCAAAGACAAAUGCAGCAUCUGUGGAUGUCUUCCCUGAGUCUACACAGGUACCAUCCCAUCAGCAGUCAGUCAUGGACAGAAGGACUCAGAGAACCUACUCUUCACUGAUGAACUAUUAGGAGACGAAGAAUCAUCGCAUUUAGUUGUGUACCUACUGACGACUCCCUCAAACUCCAAAAGAUAGUCCCAAUCCAAGUGUCAUACAAAGUUCCCUGAUAAACUAGAUGGUCACAAAACAAAGCCAUGGGUCACGAGUCUGGUAAAAAUGUGGGGAUGGUGGAAAGGUGGGGUAUUAACAGGGAUGAGAGGAAGAUAAGGAUAAGGGAAUCAGAAUACGUAGAACACAGGCAAAAAAUUUCAAAUAACAAAAUCAGUAAAAAGAAAAAUUUGUAAUCUACUCUACCAAUAAAAUAAAAACCAGAAAUUACCUCAACAUGUUCACCGAGCUAAAACUCUAGCUGCCUUGAAAAUAAUGCUUUUCAAAGAUAUAAAAAAAAACCCUACAAUUGCCCAGAACCUUUUUAUUACACUCUGUCUCCAGAAAAUAAACACGUAGGCCCUCCUCUCACAAAGUGCACAUAGAAUCAACUACUUAGCCAUUGAAAUAUGGUGUCUCUUCAGCUUUCUUCUCCUUUCAGUCUAUAAAAUCUUGUUGUUCAUGAUGCGUAUGCUGGCUAGCUUACAUUAACUUGACACAAGCUAGAAUUAUUUGGAAAAAAAAAAAAGGAACCUCGAUUGGGAAAAUGUUUCCAUAAGAUCCGGCUUUGGGGCAUUUUUAAAAUUAAUGAUUGAUGAGGAAGGGUCGAACCCACUCUAAGUGAUAUCAUCACUGGGCUGGCGGUCCUGGGUUCUCUAAGAAAGCAGGCUAAGCAAGUCAGUAAGCAGCACUCAUUAGUGACCUCUACAACAGCUCCUCUCCCUGGGUCCUGCCCUGUUUGAGUUCCUGCCUUGGCUUCCUUUAAUGGGCUGACUGUGACUUUGGAUAUGUAAGUCAAAAAAAAAAAAAAAACAUUUCUUCUCCAAGUUGCUUUUGGUCAUAAUGUUUAAUCACAGCAAUAGUAACCCUAAUAAAGACAAUGGUAGAACAUAGCUUUGUCAUUGGACAUUCCUGAUGCAUAUAAUAUAUGUAUGUAUAUUUGUGUGUGUGUGUGUUCUUCUUUGCCCAAGUGAAGGCUA